GGAAGGUCAUAUGGUGUCCCUUUAUGAUAGCUAUUAAGUUUGGGAAUGAGACCAAGACCAUCGACAUAGACUUAAAGUCCCUCUCAAUCACCAUAAGUGAUUUAGUAGAUAGAGUAAAUGGAUUUAUAUUAUUGUUUAGCAUGCAUCCGGUUGAUCUCGAAUAUACUAUCUCUCCCAAAGGAGAACAAGGGCACCCUAGAUUGUCCCCUAAUCGAGCAAUAGUCCAAAUUAUUCAUCCAUGA